GUGAGAGGAGCCGGCGGCGGCGGCGGGAUUAGAUCCAGCCCACCCAGCCCAAGCUAGAGACCAGCCUAGCUUGAAAACAGACAAAGCCUGACAAUGCCGCCAGCAACAACAGCACCACAAUACGCACCCCCAGAUGGAGGAUGGGGCUGGGUUGUGGUCUUUGGGGCUUUUAUCUCCAUUGGAUUUUCCUAUGCAUUCCCAAAAGCCAUCACAGUGUUCUUCAAGGAAAUUCAGGAGAUCUUCCACACAUCAUAUAGUGAAAUAGCUUGGAUAUCAUCGAUUAUGUUGGCUGUUAUGUAUGCAGGAGGUCCCAUAAGCAGUGUCUUGGUGAACAAAUAUGGUUGCCGGCCAGUGAUGAUGGCAGGAGGUGUAUUGUGUUCAUUUGGAAUGAUUACUUCCUCUUUCUGCAAUAGUGUCCUGGAGCUUUACAUAUGUGUAGGAAUUGUUGGAGGUCUUGGCUUAGCCUUCAACUUGCAGCCUUCCUUGACUAUGAUUGGCAAGUAUUUCUAUAAGAAGCGGCCCAUUGCUAAUGGACUGGCCAUGGCUGGAAGUCCAGUGUUUCUAAGCACACUGGCACCUCUCAAUCAAUUCCUCUUUAAUGCAUUUGGAUGGAAAGGAAGCUUUCUCAUUCUGGGAGGACUUCUUUUGAACUGCAUUGUGGCCGGGUCACUUAUGAGACCUGUUGGACCAAAACCAGUCCCUCCUGUGAAAAAAGAUGUUGAGAAGGGAGCAGGAGAUUCAGCCUUACACAUGAAUAACAAGAAGAAGUCAUUCUGGCAAACUGUGAAUAAAUACUUAGAUCUGUCCCUCUUUAAACACAGAGGGUUUCUGGUUUAUUUGUCAGGAAAUGUUAUUAUGUUUGUUGGCUUCUUUGCCCCAAUAGUAUUCUUGGCUCCUUAUGCCAAACACAAGGGAAUUGAUGAAUAUUCUGCUGCUUUUUUGCUCUCUAUUCUAGCUUUUGUAGACAUGUUUGCUAGGCCUUCAAUGGGACUUGUAGCAAACUCCAAAUACAUCCGGCCAAAAAUCCAGUACUUCUUUAGUUUUGCUGUCUUGUACAAUGGCAUCUGUCAUAUCAUGUGCCCACUGGCAGAGGACUAUACAGGCCUGGUGGUAUAUGCUGUACUUUUUGGAUUUGCUUUUGGAAUGGUUAGCAGUAUCCUUUUUGAGUCGUUGAUGGAUCUCGUUGGUGCAGCCAGGUUUUCCAGUGCUGUGGGACUUGUCACAAUUGUGGAGUGCUGCCCUGUUCUCCUAGGCCCCCCUCUAGGAGGUUGGUUAGUGGAUAUAACUGGAGAAUAUAAAUACAUGUACAUUGUCUGCGGAUCGAUUGUGAUUGUGGCAAGUAUUUGGUUGUUCAUCGGCAAUGCCAUCAACUACAGGCUUUUGGCAAAAGAGAAGAAGUUAGAAGAAGAAAAACAGAAAGCAUUAAAGAAUGCUGAUCCCAAGGAAGCAGAACCUUUGACCAACAAUGAGAAUGAGGAGGCUGCCAACAGGGCUGACAAAGUACUCAAUGAUUCUUCAGAAAGGGAAACUAAUAUUUAAUAUGAAAUAUGGCUCAGACGUCAAUGUUUUUUACUUCCAUUACAAGUAUUUUGUCAAGUUACAGGCAGGUUUUGUAGUAAUAAUGAUCAGUCACAAUAUUGGAUGAGAACAGAAAUUUGCCAAAGCCAAGAUUCCAGACAAAUUACAAUCGACAGUUUGUUUGUUUGUUUAUUUUAGUGAUGAGAAUUUUAGAUUUCAGAGACAGCGACUCCAUGCACAUGAGUCCAUUCCAACUGUAACUAUGGACAGUAUGGGUCAGGUAGAGUUAAACUUUAAGGUCCUCCAUGACAAAUUAUCUUGUUCCAAAAUAACUUCUAAUGCAACAGUAUCUGUUUAGUCUUGUUACAGAAGCCAUCUGUCUUAACCCUCUGGCCUGCCAGUGCCUGUUGACUUCUACCCGCCACCAUAUUUUGGCCUCUAGUAUUAAAGAAGGAUAUCAGAUUAUGGGUCAAGAUCUGAAAAGGAAGACAAAAUACUGAAAUGACCUGAGUAAAGUGCAUAAGAAACUGCCUGCCCUUUUAUAAUG